UAAAAAAUACUAAUUAGAUGCGAUGAUGGAGGCAGAUAAUAACUCUGAUUUUUUGUGGUGAGAUAGUAGGUGGUUUUUUCCCCCCAUCCAAGAAUAAAAGGGCCACGCUUUGAGCGGAAAGCAGGAUCUUUCAGAAAACUGAGGCUCAAAUUCAGAUGAUUUUUCACAACAAAAUGAACUCUUUUUACCUAUCAGUAUUAACAGUGUUUUUAGUUUUGGAAACGGCGAAAUGUUUCAGUGCAAUUGAAGAAAAUCUUCUUGAAAAUGGACUCGAAAAGUGUGCUAAAGCGGGGGAGUCUUGCAGAAUAGGUUCACGUGGUCAUGGUCCAAGGCAUUGUUGUGAACCGAGAAUUUGUGCCUGCAACAUGAUAUACGGCAAUUGUGACUGUUCGUGGACAGCGCCAUCUCAGCUUUUCAAAGACGCAUCCAAUUACUUUUGGGACAAACUUGGAAAGUAGUUAAAUUGUUUUUUUUUUAUCCACAAACUCUGCAAUUAUAGAUUGAAAUUGAAAUAAAGAUACG